AUGAAAGCUGCCAGGUUCCACGGGCGAAGAGAUAUCAAAGUUGACGAGGUUGAGCCGCCACAGAUCAGAGACGGACAGGCUUUGAUCGAGAUCGAAUGGUGUGGGAUAUGUGGCUCGGACCUGCACGAAUACCUGGUCGGGCCGCGGGUCAUUCCAACGAAAGAGCGCCCACAUCCUUUGACUGGGGCGGUCUUGCCUGUCACCGUGGGACACGAGUUCUGUGGUCGGGUCAGUAAAGUUGCGCCAAACAGCAAGCUGGAGGUCGGCCAGCCUGUGAUGGUCGAUCCACGCGUAUUUUGCUCGAACUGCCACGCCUGCAAUAGCAGCGACACAAAUAUCUGCGAAGGAUGGGGCUUUCUGGGGUAUAAUUCAAACGAUGGAGGAGGCUACUCCGAAUAUGUUGCAGUCAAGGAGGAACUCUGCCACGUUUUGCCUGACUCUGUGCCGUUGUCCGAAGCUGCUUUGAUCGAGCCAUUGACAGUGGCGAUGCAUGCGGUGAGGAUAUCCGGGUUCGAUGACUAUCGCGGCAAGAACAUACUCGUACUUGGUGGCGGUCCUGUUGGUCUUGCCGUCAUCUUCGUGUUGAAGGCGUCCGGAGUUGGCAACAUCAUUGUCAGCGAGCCUACCGUCAGACGGCAAGAGCAGACCGCAAAAUUUAUCGACGUCGUCCUGAACCCGAGGGAAGUAAAGAUCGGAGACAGAUGUCGAGAACUGACGGAUGGCAAGGGACCCGAUAUCGUCUUUGACUGUGCUGGGAUCAUGCCGGGUCUAAUGGAUGGCAUGGAUGCUCUCCGGCGAGGGGGGACGUAUGUCAACGUCGCCGGCUGGGAGACAGAGUGCAUUGUUCCUAUGCAACAUUUCAUGAGGAAGGAGCUCAUCUUUCGGGCUUCUAUGAGUUACACCGAGUCAGACUUCAAGGGGACGGUCGACGACUACGUUGCAGGGAAGUUCAAGGGAUUCGAGAAAUUGGUGACCGCUAGGAUUGCGUUGGACGACAUUGUACAGAAAGGAUUUGAGGAGCUCAUCAACCACAAAGACGAUCAUGUGAAGAUCAUGGUGACUCCUAAGAGAGAGCUUCUAGUUGGAUAA